UUUAUUCAAACGAUGGUUCACUCAACAAGUAAUGUGGAGUUAUUUAGUGUUAGACCGUAUGAGUUGGGCUACAAUUUGAAGACCAGACCCAACGUAUCGGUGACGGCCAGAGACGAGACACAGAUGAUAGGGUUUAACGUGAUUUGCGUUUUUCAUCAAUUGAUUGGUUUACCCUAUUAUGGUAUAAAAUCAACUUUUAAUGUGUUUAGGAGUUUUAUUGGCAUUGCCUGUAGUCUACUAUUUAUUGCAAUAUUUAUUGCCUCAUUGAUACCCUGUAUGUUGAUAUGUGAUAAAGAAAAUGCAUUGAGAUAUAAGAGUAGUCGACUUAACCGGUCUCAAUCGGCUUGUAUUGUAGAGAUUAUAUUGCUUGCCAUUGAGGCCUAUCAUACUAUUGAUAAUGAUUUGGGUCUCUUGUAUGCCAGGCAUGAGUUUCAACACUUUUAUAAAUUUUUGACAGAUUUUGUAUCGAAGCAGAAGUUAGUUCUUAACUAUAAAAUGAAACGCCGGCUACUGUUGACCGCUUGGGGUCUCGUCUUUCUAAACAUAAUUUAUGCCAUUCUUGAGAUUAUCUUAUUAUAUCCCAUCAUUAAUGAGGCCAUCAAUGAGCAAUCCAUUCCUCAAAAGGCAUACAUUACUGUACCAAAAAAGGUCGCCCUUUGUAUUACUAUUGCUAUCAAGACUAUCGGUUCCGUACAUUCAAAAGCGUUGGACACUUUAAUCAUAUAUUUUACACUUUUGAUAACCUAUUAUAUCGUAACGUUUGGCGAAGUCGUCAAAGAGGUGUGCAAUUACUUUGAUUAUCUCGACUGUCAUCGAAAUAAUAGCACUAAUAAUAACAACAAUAGUAUCAAAAAUAUAAAAAAUUAUCGAUCUUUCGAUGAUUUGCGACUAACAUAUAUAUCACUACAAGAAUUAACAAUAAAAGCAGACAAUUGUCUUUCGCCUUGUAUUUUGUUGACUACAAUGUGUAAUGUUAUUGCUAUUAUGGGAGGAAUAUUUAUAGGGAUAGACAUAUUUGGCCAGGGAGCUAAAAUUGAGGCAGACGAGGCAUUUGACCUGUUCAAUGCACUGGUAUGCGCGGCAUCCAUAUUUGUUUGUGGUACAUUUGGUGAAGACAUCAUAAAGCAAACACAAAAUGCUUUACGACAUCUCCAGAGAAUAUCUUUCACUAAAAUUGAUGAUAAAGACUAUAGAAGUAUUAAAUCAAUGAUUGAUUUAAUGGAGGAAACAAAAAUCAAUUGUUUCACUGGUACAGGAUUUUUUAAACUUAAUAAACACUUUUUAUAUCAACUCUGGUCUAUAAUUAUUCCGUACGCAAUCCUAUUAAGUCAAAAAUAUUAA